AUGUCUCUCCAGUUCAUUGAAAACGACGGCGGCAAGCUUGCCGUUGAGACCCGCGGCCCGGCGAAUGCGCCCCUCGUCGUCUGCUCUCCCGGCCUGGGCGACACGCGCGACGCCUACUACAACGUGGCGGACCAGCUCGUUGCGGCCGGCUACCGCGUCGCCCUCGUCGACCUCCGCGGCCAGGGCGACGCCUCCACGGGGUUUGGCAGCUACGGCGACAGCGAGACGGCCUCGGACCUGAUCAAGGUGGUCGAGACCCUCGCACCGGGCGGUGGCCGCGCCGUCCUCGCCGGCGCGUCCAUGUCCGGCGGCGCCGCCACCAUCGCCGCCGGCCAGCGCCCGGACCUGGUGGCCGGCGUGGUCCUGCUCGGCGCGUUCCUGCGCAAUGGCUCGGCCGGCGCCGUGCUGCGCUUCAUCAUGUACCUCCUGUUCCUGCGCCCCUGGGGCCCCAGCAUGUGGAAGAUGUACGCAGCCACCCUGUGGCCCGGUCUCGGCCCCGACGGAGCCAAGGCGCGCGCGGCGCGGUCCACCCGCCUCCUGACCCGCAAGGCCGACGCCGCAAGCAGCGGCAGCACCGAGAGCCGGUGGGCGGCGUUCCAGUCGCUGAUGGGAACGAUUGACCACGACAAGGACGUCGCGCCCUGGCUGCCCAAGGUCAAGACGCAGCCGGCGCUCGUGGUGGUGGGCGACAAGGACCCGGACUGGAGCCAGCCGGUGGAGGAGGCGGCGUGGGUGGCGAGCCAGUUUGCGGCGGGCGCGACGACGACGCUGGUGGUCGAGGGCGUGGGCCACGCACCGCAGUACGAGAAGCCGGACGUUGUCGGUCCGGAGAUGGUGCGGUUCCUGAAUGGCCUGCGCCAAGGCGACAGCUUCAAGACGUCCGCGUAG